AAUGAUAUGGUUUUGGGAAGUAAAGGUUAAGUAUAUAAAUAUACUUUAUACUGAAAUUCAGCUGUAAUUUUAUUGGACUGUGUCAAUUUAUGUUAACAUAAUGUCGUCCUUGCUGUAUCUGGUGAGCAUCAUUAAGCCUUUAUAAGGGAACAGAGUGAAACAUAAUUUGAUCAUGUUGAUCAAUGAGUGAAGAUGGGACGAUUCGAAAACAGUACACAUGAAUGGAUUUUGGAAACUAUUUGUCAAGAUUAUACCUUCUGGCUGGUUACAUCCGGGUGUGUAGUGUUUGGUUUUCUCCUUGGUCUAGUCAUAACAGGCUUGCUAUGUCGAAAGUACCACAGAAAAUCACAUAGAUCCUCGCCAAAUGGUGCACAAGGACCUUCUAAAGGAACAUAUUAUUUUGACGAAAGGCACAAUUUGUCCAGGAAACCUACAGACCACAACGUCACUUCUAAUUUUUAUACAAAUGACGUCACUGAAAUGCCCACGAGUUCAGUGAACUUUUAUGAGAAUCAAAGACAUGGGAUACCAGCGGAUAAGGAGAUAGAUGAAUCUGACGAUGAAAACGUGGACGAUUACAUCAAGAUGACAAAACCGCCUAAAAAUUUGCCGCGUUCCAAUUCUAGAAAACAGAAAGUUCAGAAGAAAAUUGAUGAAGCAGCGAUGUAUAUAUCUAUGUCAUAAAAACUUUAGAGAUGCCGUUAUCCGUCAUGUACAAACUAGAGACACAAAAACUCAAGCAGAGUGUGCCAUCUGUAUAUAUUGAUCUGAUAGGAUUUCUGAAUCCGAUGUUAUUGAAGAAUCACACCGCAACUCGUUACAUAUUGUUUUAGUGUAUGAAAUCUGUGGUCAAAUUAACAGAAAGAUUUGGAAUUAAUAUUACCAUUCUUAUAUUUAGUAUUCAUUAUUUACGAUACAGUCAUGAUCUUCCAUGCAUUAGAUAUUCAAUCAAUCAAUAUUUGUAAAAAUGAAAAUAAACUUUUACAAUGAA